GAAAGAGGAGACUGCCAAGGAGGGGAGUGGCAAGAACAAUAGUAAAGGGGUGGCAGCAGGGGAAGACUAGGCAAAAGGAGGUGUCACACACACACACAUACAAGGAGCAGGGGGAGCCACUGUGAAGGCUGAAGGGAGAGGCACAACCAAGUAGGAGACUCAGGCAAGACCUUAGACACAGCUGAGGCUUUUCCCAUCCACAAGGAACAUAGACAUGGAGGUCCCACGCCUGAGUCAGCACAUGAGCACCCCGAAUAGUCCCUGCGAGGAAAUGAUCAAGAACCUCAGCCUGGAGAAUAUUCAGCUGUGUGAGAGGGACGGGAAUAAAUCACAGGACAGCGGCAUUGCAGAAAUGGAAGAGCUUCCCGUCCCUCACAACAUCAAAAUCAGCAACAUCACAUGCGACUCCUUCAAGAUCUCUUGGGAUAUGGAUCCCAAAUCCAAGGACCGGAUCACGCACUACUUCGUUGAUUUGAACAAAAAAGAGAACAAGAAUUCCAAUAAGUUUAAACACAAGGACGUUCCUACCAAGCUGGUGGCCAAAGCCGUCCCCCUGCCCAUGACAGUUCGUGGUCACUGGUUUCUGAGCCCAAGAACCGAGUACACGGUGGCUGUCCAGACGGCCUCAAAGCAAGUUGAUGGGGAUUAUGCUGUGUCUGAAUGGAGUGAAAUCAUUGAGUUCUGUACAGCAGAUUACUCCAAAGUGCACCUCACGCAGCUGAUGGAAAAGGCAGAGGCCAUUGCAGGUCGUAUGCUGAAAUUUUCCGUUUUUUAUCGGAACCAACACAAAGAAUAUUUCGACUAUAUUCGCGAGCAUCACGGAAACGUCAUGCAGCCUUCUCCAAAGGACAACAGUGGAAGCCACGGCUCUCCAAUCAGUGCCAAACUGGAAGGAAUCUUCUUCAGCUGCAACACAGAAUUCAAUACGGGGAAACCCCAGCAAGACUCCCCGUAUGGACGCUACCGAGUGGAGAUCCCUGCUGAAAAACUCUUCAACCCAAACACCAACUUGUACUUUGGGGACUUCUACUGUAUGUACACAGCCUACCACUACGUCAUCCUCGUCAUAGCACCCAUGGGUUCCCCAGGAGAUGAGUUCUGUAAGCAGCGUCUGCCUCAGCUGAGUCUAAGCGACAACAAAUUCCUGACCUGCACUCAAGAACACGACGGCCUCGUAUUCCACCAGGCCCAGGAUGUUAUCUUGGAGGUUAUUUACACUGACCCUGUGGAUCUUUCGUGGGGCAACGUGGCGGAAAUCAUCGGUCACCAGCUCAUGAGCUUGUCAACUGCCGACGCAAAGAAAGACCCAAGCUGCAAGACCUGCAACAUUAGCGUCGGACGUUAAAAUUCCCCCCUUGCCCGCCAACAAAGCAGUUAACCUGAACCCAUCCAUCCUUACCAGACAUGAUGUCCGGAAGCAUGCAAAAAUGCAGCUUUGACCAAAAGUGUACACCGAAUCCAGAACACGGUCCCCUUCGCUGCCUGACGAAGCCUGCAAUGCGUUUUUUUCUUUGGCGCCGCCCUGUAGCUCCUCUUGCAGCAAAGGAUUUAAGUAGCUUUUUUUGAAAACUUUUUUUUUAAAAUUACUCGUGAAGUUGCUGCUGCUCUUAACCAUGAUUCUCUGCCAACUGUCAGCUUGGGUGGCCGGGAGGCCCUCUCCGUCAUCCCAAGUGGGGUAAAAGGGGCGGUGGGUGGAUGUCGCUAUAUUUUUGUUGCAGUUUUAAUACUUCCUUUGCCAAAACGUAACGAAACUUUAAGUAGACUGCUUUAGCAAGGUCAAAUAAACCAAUCCUGGCUUUAUCGGGGGGUCUAAAUAGCGAAUAUUUUAAUCUACUAAAAGAACCGACUUAUUGGGAUAACUCUAAAACAGCAUGAGAAAUUGUAACUGCCGCAUGACUGAGCUCUUUAAACCCUAGAUAAUCCGUCGGCAUUCCACCUAGAUGCUCGACCAAGUGUUUUAAAUGUUCAACGAUAUUAGCUACCGAGAAACAGAAAAAAAAAAAAACCCCGCUCUCUCUCUCCCCCAACGUCAUCGAUGAACGAUAGAAAAAUAUUUUAUUUGUACACGUUGUAUAAAAUAUUUACAAUCAUAUAGAAUCUAUAGAGCGCAUUUUAUUAGCAACUGUAUACGUCAUCCGCCAUUCCUCCCUUUAUCGAAGGUGUCGACUGUAAACUUCAUAUAUAGAGUUGUGUAUACGUUCCUGUUGCUUCGAGGAUUUUGAUUAAAAAAAAAAAAAAAAAAUGUGGUUUCCGGGUUCGUAGCGUAUUUUGAUAAAUCGACUCCAUAUCUCAAUGAAAAAAAAGUCACAUAAAGUCUUAGGAUUCCGCAGUCCAUUUUUUUUUUUCCUUCUUCGAUCAAUAAAAGUUUGAAAAUUUC